GGGCUGGAGGCUCCCUCCCAGUGCUGACAGAAGGAGGAGCCAGAGCCUGUCAGUGUCUACUGUUUCAUUAUUACCUGCAAAGCCCUGUAGCAUUUACCACACUGUGUGUCUGUGUGGCCACAGCAACAGAGAGGAGCAAAGAGGAGCGAACAGAGGGCCAGAUCACCACAGACUUUUUACACUUUUAUUCUGUUUAACCAAAUACGGACCCUGCCAUUGACUGAACCAUUGUGCAGGACAACUAGCAGUGGACAUGGCUGGUUGUCUGCAAAGCUACAGACUUUGUAAAAAGCAGACACUUCUGCUUCUUACAUUUAUAUUGCACCUAGCUGCAGUGGGUGCAGAGCCAUUUGAGCGCGCUCACUUGUAUCAGCACAGAACUGGACCUAAUGAAGACACUAUCAUUGUAGCUAAUAAUGGGAUCAGGGUGCCAUUAGGACGCUCUGUGUUUUUGGACCCUGUCAAUGACCUGGUGACAGAAGUGGAGCCUGGAGAUCGCUGCCACAUCACAGUUUUGGACAAUGACCCUUUAUCCCAAAAACCUGGGAUGCUUACCCCUAAAAAGUUCCCUUGUUCUUUUGGACCAGAUGAAGUCAAAUACACUCACUUUGGAUCUCGAAGCCCCAGCAAAGAUCGUGUCAAACUGCAGCUUCGGUACGACUCCCAGACGGACACCGUUAUUAUUCCUUUCAUGUUGGAGGUAGAAGUUGUCUUCCAGCAGCUUGAAAUCUUGACCAGGAAUAUGCCCAUAAAUGUAGAAAAGCUCAAUGGUGAGAGUAACCCCAUUGACAAAAAAGGCCUGGAGUUCUCAUAUGAGGAUGACGUUACUCAGUGUAAGAUUACCACUCUGGUCGGCGCUGGAGGUCUCCCCAGGUAUGGCACUCUUUUGAAUAACCCUGCUAGUGGCCAAAUGGUUGACUGUGAUGAGUUUGUGAAAAUGGGCAUUGUGUACAAGCACAUAGCUACAACCAAGUCACCAAACAGAGAUUAUGUUCCAAUGAUGAUUGAGCUGCAGGAUAAGGAUGGCAACACUAUUAUGCAAGAACAUUUCCAGAUGAUGGUUAGAAUCAGAGAAGGUGCAGAAAAUAGUCCACCUAAGCCCAGUUUUGUGUCUAUGAUGAUGGUGGAGGUUGAUCAGUUUGUAAUGACAGCUAUCACCACUGACAUGUUAGCAGCUGAAGAUGUAGAGUCAGAUGCAAAUGAUUUAAUCUUCAACAUAACCUCACCUCUGAACCCGCAGCAGGGUUACAUUAUCAGCACUGACGACCAAAACCUUCCUAUCACAUCUUUUUAUCAGCGGGACAUCAAAGACCUCAAAAUAGCCUACAAGCCACCUUCAGAGGACUCAGAUGUAGAGAGGAUAUUUCAGCUAGAGUUUGAAAUUGUAGACACGGACGGCGCAGUUUCCGAUCCUUUUGCUUUUAUGAUUGUGGUGAAGCCUAUGAAUACCUUAGCCCCAGUAGCUACCAGAAAUACCGGGCAGCUUUUGUUUGAAGGGCAGUCCCGUCCACUGUCCAGCUCCCAGAAUUUAGAGAUUAGUGAUGAGGACAAUUUGGAAGAUGUAAGAAUAACUGUUGUUGAUGGCUUAAAGCAUGGAGAUCUCACUGUCUUCGGGAAUCGUAGGAAAUUUUUCACACCAGCUGAUUUGGAUGCCGGUAUUGUGGUGUACCAGCACGAUGGGAGUGAUACAUACAGUGACAAUAUUAUCUUUAGAAUGACUGACGGCAGAAAUGAAGUUGAAUUUUUGUUCCCCAUUACAAUUGCACCAACUGAUGAUGAGCCCCCAAUUAUCAACGCUAACACUGGUCUUGUCUUGUUCAAAAAUGAAGUUAUGCAAAUCUCCCCCUUUAUUCUGAGCGCAACCGAUAUUGAUUCUGAAGACUCUACAAUUAAGUUUAUCUUAGAAGCACCUUAUUCAACUAUAGGAGAGCUCCUACUAAGACAAAUUGAGCCACCUUCUGACCCAUCUCUUUGGAAAUUCAGUGAAACAGAUGAGAUGUUUGAGCAAGUAGUUACUGAAUGGUUCCAGCAGGACAUUCUUGAUGGGAAGCUGUUUUACCGCCACAUUGGGCCUCACAGCACCAUCACAGUUAUUGACCAGAUUGUAUUCCGUGUGCAAGAUGAUAACGACCCUCCUAACCAGUCAGGAGAGAAUGCAUUUACAGUCAAAAUCCAUCCCGUUGAUGACAUAACCCCUGAACUUUGUCCAGGUACCACUCUCCACAUGACAGUUCAUGAGUAUGAACGUACAGAAUUUAAAAAGAAAUUCUUGUGCUAUACUGAUUUAGAUUCAGAUGACAGGGAUCUUAAAUACACCAUUAUUAAGCCACCAACAGAUACUGAUGAGAACAAUCCAGUUCUCUUGGGUGAAAUUGUCCUAACUGACAACGUCGAUGUUAUAAUUACAGAGUUCACACAGGCUCAGAUUAACCACCACAAAAUUGCCUAUAAACCACCUGACCAGGAACUUGGGAUCACUCCAAAAGUCGCCCAAUUCACUUUUAUUGUUGAAGAUACAGCUGGAAACACUGCAGAUGGACUAUUCACUAUUUUCCUUCAACCUGUAGAUAACAAGCCACCACUUAUCAUCAACACUGGUUUCACACUUAUGGAAAGGAGCCCAUAUGUGAUAACUAAAAAGGAACUGUAUGCCACUGACACUGACACAGAUGAUGAUAAUAUUGUCUUCACCAUUGUACAAGUUCCUCAGCAUGGAAAGUUUCAGUUUUUUGGAAUUGAUAUGACCAAGGGUGAGACAUUUGUGCUGGAAGACAUUACAAAUGGCCGCCUUGCUUACAUCCAUGGUGGUGAAGAAUCUGUCAGUGAUAGCAUCAAGUUAGAUGUCAGUGAUGGAUUUCAUGAGGUGCCAAUCACAGUUAAGAUCACAAUUGAGCCAGUAGAUGAUGAGACUCCUACAAUUAUGCUCCCAGCUGGCCUGCUCGGGGCCUCAAUUGAUGUGCUAGAGAAUGGGGCAACUGAGAUUACAACCAAUGUGAUCCAAGGCCGUGAUGAGGACACAGAUGACCUCAUGCUCACUUUCAUUGUAGAAGAACCUCCUAAACUUGGAGAGAUUCUUGUGAAUGGUGCUCCGGCUGAGCGAUUCACACAAGCAGAUAUCAUCAAUGGAGCUGUGGUGUAUGCUCACACCUCUGGAGAAAUUGGACCAAUCAAAGAAUAUGACUCUUUCAAUCUUACUUUAUCCGAUAUGUCAGAUCAGUGGGUUGUUGGCGGUAACAAGGUUCAAGGGGUAACUGUUCAUGUCACUAUACUUCCAGUGGAUAGCAUCUCACCUAUUGUGAGUGUAGGAGAACAGUUUGUUGUAGUGGAAGGAGAAAAGAAUGUUAUAACACCUAACCAUAUUCAAGCUGAAGAUGUUGAUACAGACAAUGAUGAUAUCCUCUGCACUAUUAUUGUUCAGCCAUCUUCUGGUUAUGUGGAAAACAUCUCCCCAGCUGCAGGCUCAGAGAAGUCCAGAGCAGGCACUGCUAUCUCAGCAUUUAGCAUCAAAGACAUUGCCCAUGGCCAUAUCUACUAUGUGCAAAGCAUCCACAAGGGUGUCGAGCCUACAGAAGACCGCUUCACUUUCCGCUGCUCAGAUGGUAUUAACUUCUCAGAACGCCACUUUUUCCCCAUUGUCAUCAUUCCAGCCAAUGAUGAAAAACCUGAGCUUUUUGUGCGGGAGUUUUUGGUGAUGGAGGGCAUGAGCUUAGUUAUUGACACACCCAUUUUAAAUGCUGCUGAUGCUGAUAUACCUGGAGAUGAACUGAACUUUGAGAUCAUUAAAAAUCCCAAGCAUGGUGCCAUAGUCCAACAGGUUAGCACUGGGACCCUCCCAGUGGUGACAUUUGACCUUGAGCAAAUCAAAGAGGCAUCCAACAUUGUCUAUGAACAUGAUGAUUCAGAAACCAAAGAGGAUAGCUUUGUUAUCAGGCUUUCAGAUGGAAAACACUCAGUAGAAAAGACUGUUCUCAUUAUGAUUAUCCCAGUCGACGAUGAGACUCCAAGGAUGGCUAUCAAUGAUGGACUGGAUGUUGAAAUUGGAGAAACUAAAGUUAUCAGUAACAAAGCCUUAAAAGCUACAGAUCUUGACUCAGAAGACAAACAUCUGACUUAUAUUGUGCGUUAUGGUCCAGGACAAGGAUAUCUUCAGCGUAUCACCAAGCAGGGAGACGUUGUUGGCAAUAUUACACUGGGCAUGAACUUCACACAGAAUGAAGUUGACAAUCAGUUCAUCCAGUAUGUACACACUGGUCAGGAAGGCAUUCGCGACCUGCUAAAGUUUGAUGUCACUGAUGGUAUAAAUCCCCUAAUUGACCGCUACUUUUACAUCAACAUUGGUAGCAUUGACAUGGUCUUCCCAGAUGUUAUUAACAAAGGUGUAACUCUCAAAGAAGGUGGCAAAGUAACUCUAACUACAGACCUUCUCAGCACAACUGACAUCAACAGUCCUGAUGAAUAUCUCACCUUUAGCAUAACAAGAGCACCUAGUAGAGGCCAUCUUGAGAGCACUGACCACCCUGGUGUGCCCAUAUCCACUUUUACUCAACUGCAGCUUGCUGGGAACAAAAUCUAUUACAUUCAUACUUCUGAUGACGAGAUGAAAAUGGACAGCUUUGAGUUUGAGGUCACAGAUGGGUACAAUCCAGUCUUCCGUACAUUUAGAGUAUCAAUUACUGAUGUGGAUAAUAAGAAACCAGUUCUGACCAUUAAUAAACUGUUUGUUGAAGAGGGGCACACUAAGCUCAUCACUCCAUUUGAGCUGACAGCUGAAGACCGCGACACUCCAGACAAGUUUUUACGUUUUAUAGUGACACAGGUGCCAGUACAUGGACAGCUCCUUUUCAACAAUUCUCGUUCAAUAAUUUCCUUUACCAAACAGGACCUUAAUGAAAACCUUAUUAGUUACAAGCACGAUGGCACUGAGACCAGUGAAGACAGCUUCUCCUUCACUGUCACAGAUGGAACCCAUAAUGACUUCUAUGUAUUCCCUGAUACUGUGUUUGAGACACGCAAGCCCCAGAUUAUGACCAUCCACAUCAAUACAGUAGAUAAUGGUAUGCCCCAGAUUGUGGUGAACAAGGCUGCUGCUUCACUCAAACUUCUGCAGACCGGCCAUCUUGGUUUCCUGAUUACUGGAAAAGUUCUUAGAUCUGAGGACCGUGACAGCAACCAGAGAGUUCUCAAGUACAUUAUUACAGAGGCACCUCAACAUGGCUUCAUCAUCAACACAGCCGUGGGCAAUGACAGCGUCAGUACCUUCACUCAGGCUGAUAUUGAUGACAUGAAGAUUUGUUAUGUGCUGCAAGAUACAAGCAAUGCAACAAGUGACAUCUUCUACUUCACUGUGCAAGAUCAAGGCGGAAACAAAUUGAAACCUCAGCCUUUCCGCCUCAACUGGGCAUGGAUCUCUCUGGAGAGGGAAUACUACUUAGUGGAUGAAGAUGCGAAGUUUCUCGAGGUGACGCUGAGACGCAGAGGCUAUCUUGGGGAGACGUCAUUUGUCAGCAUUGCAACUGUGGAUGGCACAGCAGAGAAAGACAAGGAUUUCCGUGGUAAAUCCCAGAAACAGGUUCAGUUCAACCCUGGGCAGACCACAGCUACAUGGAGGGUGAAGAUCUUUACGGAUCAGGAGUUUGAGACUUCGGAAAACUUCAAGAUCCAGCUCUCCGACCCUGUUAUGGCCGUGCUGGAAUAUCCUGAUGUGGCCACUGUGGAGAUAGUAGACCCUGGAGAUGAGUCGACAGUGUUCAUUCCUCAAGCAGAGUACAAGAUCGAGGAGGAUGUAGGAGAGUUGUUGAUCCCAGUGCAUCGUAGUGGAGAUGCCAGCCAAGAGCUUAUGGUGGUUUGCCACACACAACAAGGCACUGCCAUGGGCACCAUCCCCAGCACCGUCCUGUCCUAUUCUGACUACAUCACCCGCCCCGAGGACCACAACAGCGUGCUGCGUUUUGACAAAGACGAGAGGGAGAAAUUCUGUCGCGUCAUAAUCAUCGAUGACUCCUUGUACGAGGAGGAGGAGAGCUUCAAUGUCACCCUCAGCAUGCCCAUGGGGGGACAAGUGGGUGCCAAGUAUCCCAGUGCCAAAGUGACCAUCCUGGCAGAUAGUGAUGAUGAGCCUUCGUUGUAUUUUGGAGAGCCUAAAUAUGUUGUGGAUGAGAGUUCAGGUUAUGUGGAGGUCAAGGUUUGGAGAACAGGCACUGAUCUCUCCAAGAUUGCGACUGUCACGGUCCGCUCCAAGAAGAGUGAACCUGUUUCCGCUGAAGCUGGUCUGGAUUACGUUGGCAUCAGUCGUAAUCUGGACUUUGCUCCCGGGGUGACCAUGCAGACUUUCAGGGUGACUAUCCUGGAUGACCUGGGGCAGCCGGAGCUGGAGGGACCGGAGACGUUUGACCUGGUGCUGUACAUGCCCAUGAACGCAGUGUUAGGAGAGCCCAGCAAAACAAGAGUCACCAUCAACGACAGUGUUACCGACUUGCCAAAGGUGCAGUUCAAAGAAGGCAGCUACAAGGUGGACGAGUCUGAUGGAGAGGUCCGUGCCAUCGUUUACCGCAGUGGAGACAUCAGCCUGAAGUCCACAGUCCGCUGCUACACUCGACAGGGCUCGGCUCAAGUCAUGAUGGAUUACACCGAGAGGCCAAACACAGAUGCUUCUAUCAUCACUUUUCUACCUGGGGAGAGCGAGAAGCCAUGCGUGGUGAAGUUGGAGGACGACUCCAUUCACGAGGAAAAUGAGGAGUUCCGGUUGGUGUUGGGAUCGGCCAAGAGCACGUCUCAGUACGGAGCAUCUGUGGGAGAGCAGAAAGAGGCACUGGUCUCUGUCACAGAUGAGAAAGACAAGCCAAUCAUCCGCUUCUCUGAGAUCAAAUACAGUGUACGUGAACCUCAAGUCAAAGGAAACCUCGCGGUUGUCAAGAUCCCCAUCCUGAGAAGUGGAGACACCUCAAAGGUCUCUGUGGUCCGGGUGCACACUAAAGACGGCUCUGCUACAUCUGGAGAAGACUACAACCCACUGUCAGAGGAUGUUGAGUUCAAGGAGGGCGAGACGGAGCACUUUGUGGAGAUUGAGAUCCUGUAUGACGGAGAGAGGGAGAUGAGAGAAGCGUUCACCGUUCACAUGAAGCCAGACGACAACAUGGUCGCCGAAGUGCAGAUGAACAAAGCUAUAGUUUACAUUGAAGAGAUGGACAGUGUGGCCGAUGUCACGUUCCCUGCAGUUCCUCAGGUGGUUUCCCUUCUCAUGUAUGACGACACGUCCAAGAUCAAAGACAGACCCUUCCCACCCAAUGGAUACCCUGUCGUUUGCGUUACGGCUUGCAAUCCAAAAUAUCACGACUUUGACAAAACCGGUUCUAUCUGUGCGGUUGAGAACAUCAACGACACACUGACGCAGUACCGCUGGUUGGUCAGCGCCCCCACAGGCUCUGACGGAGUGACCAGCCCCAUGAGAGAGGUGGACACCAACACUUUCUUCACCAACACCAAGUCCAUCACCCUGGACUCCAUUUACUUCCGCGCGGGAUCCAGGAUUCAGUGUGCCGCCAGGGCCUUCAAUACUAACGGAGAUGCAGGUCUGGAGCUGUCAAGUCCCAUAGUUGUGGUCAGCAAAGAAGAAGGCAUGUGUCAGCCUCGUAUUCCGGACACUGUGGGGGCAGAACCCUUUUCCGCUAAGAUCCGCUACACUGGCCCAGAUGACCCGGACUUCCCCAAUCUCAUCAAACUCACUGUCAACAUGCCCCAUAUGGAUGGCAUGCUCCCCGUUAUCUCCACCAGACCCCUGUCCAACUUCGAGCUGACUCUGAGCCCGGAUGGCACUCGUGUAGGGAACCACCGCUGCUCCAACCUGCUCGACUUCAACGAGAUCCAGACGGGCUACGGCUUCAUCACCGACGCCACCAAGAACCCGGAGAUCAUCGGAGAAACCUCCCCUUAUCAGUACAGCCCCUCCAUGCGCUCAGCCAACUCCCUGCGCUUUUACAGAAACCUCAACCUGGAGGCCUGUCUGUGGGAGUUCACCAGCUACUACGACAUGUCCGAGCUGCUCAAUGACUGCGGGGGCUCCAUUGGGACUGAUGGACAGGUGCUGAAUCUGGUCCAGUCCUACGUGACGGUGCGUGUGCCCUUGUACGUGUCCUAUGUCUUCCACUCUCCUGUGGCUGUGGGCGGGUGGCAGCACUUUGACCUCCAGUCAGAGCUCAAACUCACCUUUGUCUACGACACAGCUAUUCUGUGGCAGGAUGGUAUCGGCAGCCCACCUGAGUCUGAACUUCAAGGUGCAAUGUACCCCACCAGCAUGAGGAUAAAUGAAGAGGGCCGCCUGGUGGUCAACUUUAAGACAGAGGCUCGAUUCAGAGGACAGUUUGUCAUGACCCAUCCAGGCACCAGUGUAUCCUCUAUGGUGAUUUGUGCUGACCAUCCCGGCCUCACCUUCUCUCUCGGCCUGGUCCGGACUGAGCCUACCUACAACCAGCCCAUGCAGCAGUGGAGUUUUGUCUCUGACUUUGCUGUGCGUGAUUAUUCUGGGACCUACACAGUCAAAUUGGUUCCCUGUAUCGCCUCGCCCAACGGAGAGUUCAGCAUCCCUCCUGUGUGUCACCCAAGGGAGCCACUCACUUUUGACAUGGACAUUCGCUUCCAGCAAGUGAGCGAUCCAGUGGCAGCUGAAUUCAGCCUCAACACUCAAAUGUUCCUGCUGUCCAAGAAAGAACUGUGGUUGUCUGAUGGCUCUAUGGGCUUUGGAGAAGGAUCUGAUACUGCAUUUUCAGAAGGUUCUACAAUCUAUGGCCGUGUGAUGGUGGACCCAGUGCAGAACCUGGGAGAAUCCUUCUCUUGCAGCAUUGAAAAGGUGUUCCUGUGCACUGGGGCGGAUGGAUACGUGCCCAAGUACAACCCCACAAACAAGGAGUAUGGGUGCCUGGCUGAUUCCCCGUCUCUGCUUUACAGAUUCAAGAUUCUGGACAAAGCUCAGCCGGAGACUCAGGCCACAGCGUUUGGUGAUGUUGCGUUCAGAGCGACUUUGGCCUACGACACUCCAGGAGCACUGUCUCUGGUCAGACAGCCUGGGUCAGACGGAUUCACUCUCUCCUCAUCUCCACUCUUCCAGGUGGCUGCAGGCAGAGAAUGGUUCAUCCACACCAUCUACACCGUCCGCUCCAAAGAGAAUGCUAACCGUCACAUUGGCAAGCGCAGCGUGGAGUACCUGCAGCACAGCAUGUCCUCCUUUGCCCCGCCCUCCACUCGCAAUCGCCGCGCCGCCCCCGCCCUCCCCGGUCCCGCCCAAGACAUCGGCAUCGAGAACAACCGCGGCACCAACAUCCAACACAUCGCCCUGGACCGCUCGGACCGCUUGGUGAUCAGUCAGCGCCAGCCCUGGUCUCCUGUCAGGGACCACGACUCUUUCCAGGAGCGCCCCCUGCUGGAGAGCUCUGGUAGAGAGGCCACUGACUCCUCCAUGCUGCCCAUGUUGGUAGGACUGGCAGGUAUGAUCCUUCUAGCGUGCAUCAUCGCUGUGGUGGUCAUUCUCCUGGUGAGACGCAAGAAGAAAGAGAAGAACCAGCCCGCCCCCUACUCCACGUCCUCAUCCUCUGCGUACCACGGCUACAGCCACGGCACCGCGAGCAUGUGGGGCAGCUCAGACAGCUCGGAGGUCUAAUGCAACUCCCUUUGUAAAGACUCUCCUCCACCCAGGUGUCCUCCUGCCUUACUGACGUAGCACUGAGUCCAGCAGAUCACAUCCUGCAGACUGCACAGAAUGUUGGCGCUUCUUCACGCCUCAAAUGUAGAACGUUAUUUUUAUUAGAGGAGCCACUUGAAAUGUAGUUAUAUUAAUUUGGUUGCUCAUCAGGUUGUAAAAUAUUAUGUUUGCAAAUGCAUGCAAGCCCAACUUAUGAAAAUUUCCUGUACCUUUGCCAAUUAGUUUACCAUUUUUAAUAUUAUGAUUCACUGUUAAUUGUUCUGUGAAGAGUAAAGAACAGACUGAAUGUUGGUUGAAACUGACUUUGAAUGAAAAUGUGUUUUGUACUGAUGCCACUGUGGUGUUUCAAAAAGCCCACAGUGAAUGUACAGGCCCACUGCUUAGUAAUAUUACCAAUAUGGUGUCACUGAAAGGGAUUGUAAAUGUUAUUUUUUUGAAAAUGCAAUUUUUUUAUUUUUACAUUUUUUCUGCUAAAUAUGGGUGUAAUUGGAUGCAAAACCAUCUGUAUAUACAAUAGAAGUAAACCCUGGCGAAACUUGAAAGAACCACUCCUCCUACAGUGCAGUAUCAAAUUUAUAAUUAUAUUAUUCAUAUGACCGUAUAUAUAUUUUAAUGUAUUCUAUUAUCAGCUGUCUUAUUUUGUGCCAGCUGAAAUAUGGAUGUUUCUACACUUCCACUGCCAAAUAUAAAUGUUUUUUGG